CUUCACCUCAUCUUUCUUGUCCCUCACAUCGUUGGUGAGCGACUGAGCGGUGGUAGACUUUGGCAACAACAACAACAACAACAACAAAAAAAGACUCGCAAAGGAACAUCAUUAUAUCGCAUCGGCGGCCCCGGGGCAGCCGCGUCGGAAGCGCAUGGUGCGCGGUCGUUGUACGAAGCGGUGCGCGUGACGGUGGCCGGCGCCUUGGAUAUUCUGGCCCAAGGCGGGAUCUCGCCGCCGGGCCACGGUCGCGACGGCGUGGCCGACCCGGCCGGCCCGGCCGGUCCUCCUAAGGAUGCCGACGCAGCGGUUGCCGACGCAGCAACGGCGAGCACGUCACGCGAGGACACAGUUGGAGCCGAGACUAUCACGCCGCUGGAGGACUUCGAUGAGGAUGACAUUGGGCCCCAGACCGCUGAGGACGGCGCAUUGACGGCGGCGUUGUCGUCACCAAAGACAUUGAAGCAGACCGAGGAGCAUGUGCAACCCGGAGCAAGCGGCAUUGAACGCAUUCACGGAUACAGGGUGUACAAGAAGCAGAGUCCCAACAGCCGGCUGACUCUGUACCUGAGCACGCGCGAGUUCGUGCAUGCAUCAAGCCGGACCAGCGUGAGCCCCAUAGAUGGCGUGGUGCUAGUGGACCCGACCUACCUCAAGGAUCGGCGCGUCUACGCCAUGGUGCUGCUCACUUUCCGCUACGGACGCGAGGAUGAGGAGGUCAUGGGACUCAAGUUCUUUACCGAGGCCAUCUUGGACUUCAAGCAGGUCUAUCCAGAGCCCAGCGCCCCGUCGACGAGUGGCGCUGCGAGCGGCGCCGCGGGCGGCGCCGAUGGCAGCGUGGCGGCUCGCGCGCUGGGCUGCGGCGGCGGCGGCGGCGGGACGACCGAAGAGGAGCUGACGCCGCUGCAGCGCAACCUGCUCAGGAAGCUGGGCAACGACGCUUACCCGUUGACGCUCCGCAUCUCGCCGCAGGCACCGCCCUCGGUGCGCCUGCACCCGGCAAGGCCGUACCAGGGGAGCCCCCUGGGCGUCUCCUACGACCUCAAAGUUUACAUAGGCGAACGGUCGGACGAGAAGCCGCACAAGCGCAACACCGUGCGCAUGGCCCUCCGCUGCGUGCAGUACGCGGACGCGGCGGCCGAUGCGCUGACUGUGCGGCCGCCCUCAGCCAGCGUACGCAAAACGUUCGUAUUCUGUCCCGGCCGGUUGGACCUGCAGGCGUCGCUGGACAGAGAGACGUACCACCAGGGAGACGUGGUGCGCAUCCACGUCACCAUGAACAACGGCUCCUCCAAGACGGUGCAGCGACUCAAGGUGGCCGUCCUGCAGCACGUGCAUGUCUGCAUGUUCACGCACGGCCGGUUCAAGAACCUAAUCGGCAGCGCAGACUCGGGUCCCGGCCGCGCCGUGCCGCCAGGCACCACCGUGUCGCGCGAUUUCGAGGUGCGCCUUCAGAGCUGCGAGAAGUUCCCCGUGGCGCUGGCCGUGGAGAGUGAGUUCCACGAGGAGGAUGCGACCACGUACAGCCUUUCGUCGACCACAGUGCUGCUCAACCCGCGGGAGAAGAACCCGUACGGGGUCAACGUCAGCUACGAGGUCAAGGUCAAGGCCAUCCUGGGCUGUAUCGACCGGCCACUCGUCGUGCGCCUGCCAUUCCGCAUCAUGCUCCCACGGCCCCCGCAGCACGGCGCGAACCGCACGCCGCUCGCGUCGCCACUGCAACCCGAUGACUCGGCGGACUCUGUCGCCGACUGCGUCUCGGAGGACAUUGGCCGGCUAGCCGUCAGCAGCCGACCCGAGGCCAACACCUAGUGAAGCAGGCUGUGCGUGUACUCGGAUCCACCCCGGGACCAUCCACUCUCUCUGGUCUGUUUCGGCUCGGCAGUGCGCGGCGAACCGAGCGCGGCUACCUUUUUUGAGUCGACCAGGCGGUGCCAGCUUGAUCGCGCGAAACCUGGGAACGCAAAGUGGCGCCCGUGGCGUGAUUAAGAAAAGAUUUAAUUCUGGUUUUUUACGUACCAAAUUCGCGAUUAUGAGGCAGGCCGUAGCGGAUUAAUUUGGACCAGCUGGUUUUCUUUAACGUGCACACAAUGCACGGUACAUUGACGUCUUUGCAUUUGGCCCCCGUUGGGGCCAAAUGCAAAGCCACUAAGCAACCAAAGCAGGUAUAAUAGCGUGACGUUCAUUAAGCAUGGGUCUGGCCGUUCCAAAAGUGAUGUCUUGGUUUCCGAACUACGCUCGCAGGAUACUUUCUGUCGGCGCCCGUGAACACCUUCAAGCCACCAAUCUCUGUGCCGGCCCAAUCUUUAGCCGAUAUUGGAGUGGUGUUUGAAUUAUAGUCAAGACUUUAGGAAGUUACAUCCUCUUUAUGUACACAGCCACUGUUUGUAGACAUUCCUUUCACUUUUUUUCUAUCUAUCAUCCACCCUACUGUCAGAUUUACAAGUUCUCCUCGAUAAUUUUUUUCCUGCUUAUCUUAAGCCGACUUCAUUUGCUCUUGUCACCAAAGUCAAUCAUCAUUUUAAUAAAUGAAAAAGUUGAUCUACCUGUUAUCUGACCUGAAUGUAUAUUGAGUUAAAUCUUGAGUUAUCUUCUAAAUCUUGAAUUAUUACACCUUUGAGUUUCCUCUCCAUGAACCAUGACUUUCACUAAGUUUUCAUUGUCUAUUUACAACAAUAAAACGCACAUGUGGUAAUGCGGGCAAAAUGAAAAUUGAACAAAUAUAGAAAGGGCGACCUAAUGUCAACUGUAAGCUUUGGAUGCUCGAUAUAAUUAUUAAUUUGUGACACGCAAUAGCUGUAAAAUUACGCUGGCUGUAAACUUUUAGACACCGCAAGAUAUCUAAAGAUAAAUGUUAGAAAGCGUCCCAUUCUUGACAGUGAUUUUUCAGCUGCACAGAAGCUGCGUAGUUGUACAAACACCUGUGAUUAAUACUUUCAAGCAUAGACAAUUCUAAGGUAAGGAGUGCACAAAUUAGAACUACGUCACACCGCAUCAUGAGGGACACCCGCCAACGUGGUAAAAUUUCUCCUUAGAUGCGCAGGUCAAGCAUAAUCGUGCAAGUCCCAGAGAUCAUGUGACACCAGGUACGCCACUGAUGCGUUAUAGUGUUCGUUUCUUUUCCAUCAAAAAAGGUUUACUUCACACACCGUAUCAACAAAUAUGAGAUGGGUAUUCGCAACAGAGUGCUACUCUUGAAACCUUCUUUAGAAUAUUUGCUAUAUUAGUAUCCCUGACGAGCUUUCAGUUUAAACCAUCACACCGUCAUGGUGCGUAGAGAAAUUCGGUCAAUUUCCUAGAGAGCAAUAGUGUAUCACGCGUACAAAGGUUCUCCCGUUACAUGUUCAACAAAUGGGGGAAUGGCGAAAGUAAAGUGUCUUGCGCGGUACCUCUACCACAAACGCGAUAAAACCAAAACACAGCAAUAAAAUAUGCACCGUUGAGCACAGUGCAACGGGCAGGAAUAUUUUCUUUAUUUUUUAUUUUUAGAUGCAGCCGCGAAAAUAUGCUGCGUGACCAUGCAACCACGAUUCGGACGCUCAAGCUGGCACCGGUCACGAAACCUGGAUGGAAGCUCAGGUCGAUGUGCGAGUGGACUGGAAAGUGUGCUGCAGAGGCGUUUUGCCACCGGCGCCGCGCCGGCUUGUACAAAUGAAUGCUGCCACCGCGUUUGCUUCGCGUGACCCGCGGAAUCUUUUUUGGCUGUGCACCACAUGAAGCUACAGUCGCUAAACGGCCACAAAUUGUUCACAAACGAGUGACAAACAUGAAAAUGUUUAUUGUUGUGCAUAUUUUUUUUUUUAUUUUCCUAUAGCCAGUAACGUAUGGCCACUAUGUCAUGGAAAUUGGGCUGUGAAUGUCGCUUUCGUCGUUCAACAGUUUAUCGCAGCGUAUAUGCUCGUUCAGUUUGUUUUUCUUCUACUCUAUCGAAGGAGCCAGAAGUGAUCAAAAGUUCGUCGUUCCAGCUAUGCAGAGCCAGUCAGAAAAAACUAAAUAAAGGGAGGUUACCGUUCCUAGUAAGCCUCCAUGUUGUGAACUGCAAAAUCGAGAAUCAAAUGAUUAAUUCUUUAUGUCUGCUACCAGCUGGAAGAAGUGCGGUAUUGAAGCACGAAAGACCCACAACAAUACAAAACACCCGUACUCAAUAUGUGAGAGAUAAAGUCAAAAUCAAAUCAAAAGAUAGUUCAUUUUCCGCCCAAGGUCUUAUUCUGUGGCGUUACUUUAUGGAAAAACGUUCGCUCUAGGUAAGGAUUAAUCAUCCAUGUUGCAAAGCUCCUUGCGUGAUGCAUUGUACUGUGCUUGCAUUUAAGAAAGACAAAGAACCAGCAAGUGCAAUGGUUCUCUUCACCCCCACCCCUUUUACCACCACUUUACCUCAACCGCACCCACGUGGAGCAGCCGUUAAGGUAAAAAAAAAUCAUUAUUGUAUAUUUCAUGCGCCUUAGAACAACAUGCAGGUUCGUGAGCGAGCAAUUUGUGUUACGUUUGUAAGAACCAUCGCUCGCGCACAUACGUUACUGAAUGUGUUCGCCGCCUGACUGAACGGACAAAUAUUUUAUUGCGCAGCUCUACAGGCGCCCGUUCCUGAAUCGAGCGUCGAGUAGUGCGGCGGCGGUGGCUGCGAAGUGGCGCCGGAGUAGCACGAGUCGUCUGGCUUCCUACAAUAAUUACUAGAGGGAGCUCUGGUGCUGCAAUCGUUCAGCCACCAUGGGAAUGAUGAGAAGUACGUGGAUUUGUGUGAUCUUCGUGCUUGUGGCUUCAGGCGUUCUUGCGACUUCGUUUAUUACGCUUUGUCUGCCUUCAUUGCCCCAAAGUAAUCAAUACAUUGUUAAGUGUAGAAGACUCUGCGAACACACACAAUCACUCUUAAUUGCAGCGGUUCGGCCUGUCGAGGUGGCCAAAUCGAAACGCACCAAGCGUCUCAACGCGCUGACCUGGCCGCGAGAAAUUCAUAAGGGCGUUCCAUGGCUCUUGUCAGUGCAUGCGUCCGUGCCGUAAUGGUUUCAAUAUCGUGCUUCCGGCCUGAGGUCCUGUGUUCGAAUCCUGCCGCCGGGCAAUUUUGAUAAUGUUUCUUUAAUUAUUUGUUGCGCAGUGCUUUGUUGAAAAUUGUGAGUCUUCGAAGUCACCAUGCCGCAUCAAGCCAGAAGGACGAAGUUUGGGCAAAUCCAUGUACUUCCCAUAAUUCCCACGCUGGCUGAACUUCCCCGAUUGCAGCUGCCGUAGACAUUAGCGCCAGAGUUCCCUCUAGAAAUUAUUGCGUGAAACUCUAUGGUCUAGCUGAGAGGUCUGCCUGCGGCGGCUGCUGUGCAUCGCGGCCACGCGUCACCCACGCGCUCCCUCUCGCGAUCUCCCGAUUAGCGAGGCAGUGGUGCCACACUUCGCUCCGUUCGCAAUGUGCCGCAGGAGACAGAUUGUCCGCGCCAGCCAAUAUAUCGCGAAAAAUGAAACCACUGUAGAGCCGCAGUCAAAUUUCGCAUUAGGAACUAUCGUAAUCGUCGGUGAAAUCUUUUAUUAGCAUGUGACACGCAAGUAAUGCCAUUUGCAUAUUAAUUUGUUCAUUACCGCUACCAGUAUCGCUUCUUUCACCUCGUUGCUGGUUCACGAGUUUCUCGUGCAUCGUGGCUCCACUUUACCUUCAGACACGCGAACCGCGGCCUACGCUGCAUUUCUUCUUUCGUUUCUUCUUUCGCUUCCCUUCUGUUACCUCAUAGCUGAUUUCAGCCUUUCCCGCGCACUAUGGCUCGAGCCUGAACGCGUGCCCCAUGAGUCACUGCUGCUUUUAGCAUUCGGGUUUCGUCACUGGCGUGCUACAGUUCGUUGAAGUGUCAAUUGUCCGCAGGGGAACUGCCCCACGUUCGAUACCAUUGGUGAUGUCUUCUUUUAGUCGAUAUUUUGCUGCAGUUGUCACGGUGUUAUCCUUUCUUUUGCGGAAGGAAUAAAGUUAGACAGUUUUCGUAAGGACACUAAGAGCUGUUCGCUUUAAAUAAAGCUUCUUCUAAACAAGAGCGAAGUUCUACUGAUUCUGUCAACAUUUUGCGAGGGAUUCACCACGGUCACAUAGCCACUACUGAGUUUAGCCAGUGCUCAGUGCUAAGACUUGUUUUCUUACACUUCACCUUUGUUGCUCUUCUUGCUUUUAGGACACUGUGUGAGGGUAAAACGAAACACGAGAGCCGUUGAUUAAUUGAUGCCCUUCGCUACGCUUUCAUUGCACCUCGCAGCUUUAAAAGGUAUGCUCAUGACUAACGCUGAAGAACUCGUCCCCCUUUGCCUGCACUCUCCGUUUGGGCUACUGUACUUGAGUAGGUUAUCGAGAGCCAACUGGCCCGCCACACACAAGACGGUGCGCCUUGGUCCUCUUCUGGGAUUGCACUGCCUUCAUUGAUUACUCAUGACAUCCUUCUUUGCUGCGACGCUGGAAGGAGGAGGUGCGGAGGCUUGCUUUGCAUUGUAGCCCCCAUUUCGGAAGCAAGCGCGUGCCAAACGGCAACGGCACUAUCCGGACAGACCUAAAGUCUCUUUAUGAGCUUUAAAAGCUAAGUACCGAAAACGUUUGCGGCGCCACCGACGCACUUUGUUGGACAGCGCCCACUUCCGGCUGGAAGCUGCUUCCGUUCGCCAUGUUCUUCCUGGGCCAGUCCAGCUGCUGAGUUCGACGGCGCUAGCACGCUUAGUUUCUUGCUUGUGGAAUUGUGUCGGCUACAGAUUUUCAGCGAAGGUGACUUCUGUAUAUCUGUCGCUGUUUGCUGGAAGUCAGCGUACCUUUCCGGACGCUUCUUGCUGCCUGCUGCUGCAAUGUUUCAUUGUUCACCUCAAGACAAUGGUUUACACGUAUUAAAGGCACAGAUAGCACAACUGCGGGCGGAAUGCACAUUUUGAAAAGCUUAGCAUCAGUCUGAAUAGCGCUAACCAGAUUCGGCUACGAACGGCAAAUUUGGCUUUGUGAUCGUGGGUUCGUUCUUGAGCUCGAAUGACGCGUAGCCACGCAGUGCGACAUCCUACUUAAAAUUGCUUAGUUGAGUUAUUGUCGAAUAUUUAAACAGCAGCAUACAGGAGAUUCGGUAGUGGUUUUAUUAGAGUACAAAACGAGAGGAAAAGACGCUGCCGGCCGCAGCAGUUGCUAUCUGAGGUUUUGCGCACACAAGCUGCGGCCGACAGAAAUAAAAGGGAUAGGGAGAAGAUGGCGAGGGGAGGGAACGAGGAUGGCGAGCAAGGGCAGGGAAGAGCUAUGCGCACUGUUUACUAAGGAAAAUAAGUUUGCACCGCUUGCACGCGAAUGUUCAGGCACAGUUCUGAAUUGUGCCACGGGCGAGUAACCGUUGCAAACAUCUGCAAAAACAAACUUCACAUACAAAACUUCAGGCACAAUUCUGAAUUGUACUACGUACGAGCGACUGAUCGAACAUCGGCAAUAACACUCUGCAUAUACAAAGAUGCGCGCAUGCACUGUUCUCUCGCGAACUAGGCAGCUGCACUACGACUAAGCAGUUUCACCGCUCGCACCGUCUACGACAAAAACAGCACGUAAAUAACAGCUGGAACGCAUUACUGGCACGUUUCUCUUCUUGUAAGUACCUAACUCAUUUGCCACAUUUCUUUCCUGUCUCUUACAGCAAAGCCGUGACUGUAAAUGCACACCGUUCAUGUGCAUAUACAGCGCGUACAACCGCGCCGCCGGAAGGAAGAACAUGGCGGCCGACGCGAGCCGCAAAGGAAAGCGUGGUAGGAGAGGAGGAACUUGUCGCUACUUGGCCAAAGCCGAUCUAGAGAUUUUAGACAAACCGUGUGUGUCCACCUUUGCAUUGACAAAGUAAUGCCUUGAAGUGAAGGCACAAUCCGCGAACACGUUCGGGUGGCGGAAAUAAAACUGCAGCUGGCGUAAACAAAUGUAUGAAUGGCAUAUUUUCCCACUGCUCAUAGAGGCCGCCUGUCAUGGCAAUAGGCACAUCGCCACAAUACUGUGCAAGCGGCCCGCGGACGACGGAAUAAGCAUAGGUCAAUAUAAUUCAAACGCCUCCGAGUGCUCAGUUUAAAUAUUUGCUUUACUUUACCCGAUGUAAGAAGAGGUGUGCAAGCGUUGCACAAGUGAUAUGACAUCAUAAUCUGGAAUAGACGAUAUAAUAAUCAAAACUUUAUCAUAAAAUAAAAACUGAAUCACACGUUAUUAACAUGUCCGCUGCCAUAUUGCUAGGUGGUCUGCCAAUAUAUUCUAGAGAGGAAGUACCAGGUGUUUCGCGUAGGGGCUAGUUAUUUCGCACCUGUAACGCUGUGAGCUUCAUGUGCUCAAGUUGUUGCUCUGAAGGAGUCGUUCUUCUGCGCACUGCAUGCUAUAGAUGUUUUCAUCGCCAACGUGCAGAUAACGGCCAGUACCCACAAAACGUGGAACUAGCAGUUACGGUCAUAUAGUUCUUCAUAAAUUCCUAUUUCCGUUCGUUAUUAUCUUAGUCUAGUCAAGCAACCGUCUGGCAAUCAAGCUAGGUGGGGAUGUUGGGCGCAGCACAAGAUCUACGUAGCUUUGCUGCACCAGUGUAGUGCACUUUGUGAUAAGGGACGGUCACAUCGAUAAGGAAGCAAAAGCUGUUCCUGGGACGUCUUGAGAAUCCCUAACCGACGAAACAACUCCCGCAUUGUUGUCAUCCUCUAGAAGUUCCAAGUGACUUUAUGUCAAAACAAUUCAGGUGUCCUUUAAGGCAAUCGUUUAGUGGAAGGAAACGAACAUGGUAGAUGGAGGUCUCUUAGUCUGUAGCGCUCUUAGUUUGUAGGAAGGGGUUACGAGGUCAUUUACCCAUGACUGUAGUGUCCGGGCAUUCUGUCUGCAACUCAAAACGAUCCCUGGACCACCGCUACACCUCUACCGUCGCUACCAGUUUAAAAGAAGGGCUCAUAAACGAAGAAGUACUGUGAGAGAGUUUGCUUGUUAUGACUGCCGCAGCUGAAGCAAAAAGAAAAAAAGAUGAUGCGACAGCCAGGAAAAUCUAUUUCCAAAAUAUUUUCAUACCGUUACGGGGGAUUUUCGCAGGAUCAAAGAAUAGUUUCGGGGCCUCUUUAACUAAUGUACUGUUGUUGUUGUUGCUGUUGCUGUUGUUUUGAUACACCAGAUUGGCAAUGCAGUUUCUCUACUAGACAAUCACUGGUAUCUCCGCCGCUUCCCUCAUCCUUCUGGGGAGGAGAUGGUAUAGCGCAAAGGUGGCACACACGGGGGCUCAAUUCUGUAUCUUUAGUCGGUCGGCAAUGGGCUUACAACCCUACUGUAGGAGCCCCGGACCAGGAGCUGAAAUCUCUCCAGCCCUCGGGUACCGUAAAUUGCGCACCGAUCACAUUCCGCCUGAGGGAACCACCCUCACUUUCUCGAUGUAGCCAUGAUACGGAUGAGCCAUGAGCCACCCCAGCUUGCUCGAUGUAGCGAUGACCUUCGUAUGAUCAACUCCGCAGUGCUCGCGAUAGCGGUGGCCAUGUCACAUGACGCGCGAAAGCACUUAAAUACUAGGCGCUACAGCUUGGCUGUCCUGUGCCAGUGACCUGUGCAGGAAAGGUGCAUGUUAGAACGUUUGCUGCGAACCCACCUUCAUAACCAAGGAACCACCGAGGCUGCAUCCGUGGAACGGUCACACUACUGCCAUUAUACGUGCAGCGGCUGCACCAGGGGGCUCGGCGACAUCAGAUAUGCGUCUCUGACACAACAUAGGAAAUGAGCAAAUAGCAGACUGGAAGAAGCACUGUUACUUCCUUUAUUUUAUUUUCCGAUGUAUCGCGCUGCUAGUCCCAAUAUGGUUCAGCACCCUCUAGGGCAAAUUUUGAUAAAACCCCGGCCAGGGAAUAUCCGCAUCAAGCGUAGUAAAGUGAGUGCGAACUGGGCGCGUGGACACGGUUGCAUUGUACUCGGACUAAAGAGAGUUCUUUCUUUUUUUUUUUUUUAGGUGCACCCCCACCAUGCUGUGGGGCGCCACCUAUUGCGCGAACAUCGCUGCGUUCGAAUGUUUUCCCACGGAAUAGGCGUGGGUGAAGCACAGGCAGAAAAUCUUUAAAAAAAAUAUAUAUGUACCUUAAUUUUUUCUUCGAAUUUCCUCAUAAAACUGCCGUCACGAAGCGCCACAGAGAAGGUGUCGAACAACACAAUCACCUUGACUCAUCAGAUGGUUGAGAAGAGCACUUAUGUUUUGUACUUGUUGCCACUGACAGCGCCUUGUGGCCGCACAGCGUUGUAUCUGCAGUUGUCGUGAACUUUUGAGAUCUUUUAUUUUUCCUUUUUUUCUCUCGCUUGUUCUUAAGGAAAUGUGCCGUGUUGAAAACAUCUUCAAGUAAAACUCUUGCUUGGGCUAGUUGGUUCAUGCUUGCUUGAACAUCUUGUUUGUGACUGUUAUGUACUUCUAGGUAACAUGGUUUCUCAGCAGUGACAAACAGAUAACGUAUUCUUACCGCAGCAUACUAGCUUUAACCUUUCAUCUUUUGCACCUAUGUAAAUCCUUCUGCGUCAACUAUUUAUCUAUUUAUUUUAUGCUGCGAGAAAGUUACCCACAACUGAAUGAGUUUUAUGUUGUUUGUGUGCUUGUUUGUUUUUCUUCUUCAAUACUUUUUUCAGUGUCCGUGACAUAAUCCUGUUUUUGAGAACGGUCGUUUACGUUCUAUGAUAUGCUGUUUUGAUUUUGAAUUAAGCUAGCCAUUGUGAUGUGACGCUUAAACACCUGUUUUCAAAGACCAUAUUGUGUGCUUAGAUCACAUACUGGACAAAUAAUUUUACAUCAUGUUCACUUCAAAAUAAAAAUUCAAGCCACCACA